AUGAAAUAGUUAGACUCUCAUUUACCUUCUGCAAUUCAUAGUAGAAGAAUUCUCACUUAGUUUACUGCAGCAUUAGAUAUCAGCAGAAUCAAUUUAUAAUCACGUUCUUAAGUCAGAUGCAAAACAGAAGGAACAAUCCUAAAAACAGAUCAUGGUACUUGUACUACUGAAGAUGAAUUUUUGCCAAUUUUUGGAAGUGUUGAUUUGUGGUCUAUUUUGGGUUAAAAGGAUUUUUAUUUUACAUAAUCUCCAAUAGAAAUAAAAUUAUUACAACAAGCAGAAAAUGAAAUAAAUAUGACUUUUAUGGACAUCUAAACUAUGAAUGCAGAAAUAGAACGAGGGUAUAUUACCAAAAAAGGAUAGUUACAUUUCAAAUAAACUUAGUUAUUAAAAUAAACCAAAUUACUUUAUAUAACUCCAAAAUAGAGUUAAUAAUGUAUAUACAUUUGUUUGAUAUAAGGAAUAUAAUCAAAUUUGGAGGUAUAAUAAAAUUUUAAAAAAUUUUUACUGAAUGUUUGGAGAUGCGAAACUAGAAAAUUAUGUGCUGGUUGCUAUUUUGAAUUUAUACAUAUUUUGGUUUGGGAUUAUAUAAAACAAUAAACAUGGAUAAUAUCUGGAUAAGAUCUUGAUUUAUAGCAUAUACGUUCAUGCUAAAAUUUCAGCAAUUCAAACACAUUAUAUAGGGGUAAAAAAGUAAGAAGAAUUCUAUUUAACAGCAAUGAAAAUUAGAUGAAAGUUAAAAAUUUAUCAUAAAAGCAAUCUUUUCAUUAAUAGAAAUUGGUAAUUGAAGAUAAAAUAAAUUUUGUAAUGGAUUUUAUAAAGCCAAUAAUUUAAGAGAAAGAUCGUAUAAAUGAUGUAGUAGUAAUGAAAAAGACUCUACUAAGACCAAAAUCAAGUGUUGAUAGAGUGA